AUGUCCUACUAUAUAAAGGGACUAUGUAAGCGCCUUUGCAAAUUCGCUUUUAUCGAUGCCCUGCCUAUUAUUGCCCAGAUUGGGUGCUACGUGCUCAUGUCGGCAUUUAAACUCGUACUAGAUAUAAGACUACAGGCUAUACCUGGGGUCGGUAAGACUCUAGAUGCCGGUCUAGAUGCAGCGACUACGGCGGCUCAACUGAUCUCAUAUGCGUACCCUCCGGAACAAGACCCCGUCGGAGCUUUCGAGUGGUGGCUCAGUCCCUGUGGCGGAAGCGACUUCGUUCCAGACGAAAUUAAACACGUUUUUGAUAUUCUAAGCUCUGUAGCAAAUGGUGUCUCGAGCUUCCAGAUACCCAAGAAUAUCAGGAAAGGUAGCGGUAAAAAGGGCGACGCUGCUAACCCAACGGAUCGCUCAAAGCCUAAGGCUGGUACUGGCUCUGGGCCAAACGGCACUGGGGGCAGUGUGGAAUUUGGUCCAAAACCGACUACCGUAACCAUGGAAUGCGAGGAGCGCUUUUCCCAGGCUUGUUACCAUUACAGCUCUGCCAUUGAACACAAUCCGGCGUGGGAGGCUAUAAAGUGUCCCCACGGAAAAGUUAAAUGUCCGUGGGAGAACCGUCCCGGUCCUCGAGCCUGGGAAGCGCAACAUGAUAAAACCUGGAGGACGUCAAACGGUAGACCUUAUCAGGGACAAUGCGAGAUCGACGAAUUUCCACCACGCUAUCUGCUAAGCGACCAAAGUCCGGAGAUGAUCAAGGCUGGUAAGUCAGGUGGGCAGCUGAUGCGCUACAUCCCACAGCCAGACAAUUACGGAGCCGGACAACUAUGGAAAGGGUUUUGCUUUAAACCCUAUAUCGAAGAGUUUGACACCCCGGCCAAAUUCAAGGCCGCCUGA